UCUUAUUUUAGAAAUUAUUAAAACAAAAUUGCAUAAUACAAAUGUAAAUUUAAAGAAAAUUCUGUGAAUUGAAAACUACAAGAUGCCUUCAGCGGCAAAGAAAAGGAAACUGCCAUCAACAACCAUUGAAAACAUAACAACAAAGCCAACGUUAUCAGAUUUUAUAAAUGAAAUACAAAAGAAACGAGAAGACACGGCUAAAUCAAUUUUGGAUUAUGAUUUUAACAAAAAACGAGUGCGUAUAAUAUCACAAGUACAGCUUGUACCGGAUUAUUGCGAGGGUGUUGUUUAUUGGAUGUGGAGAGACUGCAGAGUUCAAGACAACUGGGCAUUUCUGUUUGCUCAGAAACUUGCUCUUAAAAACGAAGUUCCUCUACAUGUAUGCUUUUGUUUAAUUGAUAAAUAUUUAGAUGUAUCUAUGAGACAGUUAUAUUUUUUAAUGAAAGGUUUAGAAAGAGUUGCUGAAGAAUGUAAAAGAUUAAAUAUAUCAUUCCAUCUGUUAAAAAGUUGUGAUUAUUAUGUACUAAGCAAAUGGAUAAUUGAGCACAAGAUUGGUGCAGUAGUGUGUGAUUUCAGUCCUCUAAGAGUACCAAAAAAUUGCCUUGAAGAAGUUAAAAAGAAAAUUAAAAAGGAAGUGCCUUUAGUGCAGGUGGAUGCACAUAAUAUAAUACCUUGUUGGAUAGCCUCCGAAAAACAGGAACUUACAGUGUGGGGUAUGAGAAAUAAGAUUAAUUCAAAAUUAGAUGAAUACUUAACUGAAUUUCCACCAGUAAUCAAGCAUCCUUAUACAAGCAGCUUUGAUCCAAAGCCCAUAGACUGGGAUGAAGAAAUUCAGGCCCUAGAAGUUGAUAAAUCUGUAGGACCAAUAGAGUGGGCCAGUCCAGGUUAUAAUGAAGGUAUGAAGAUGUUAAAGAAUUUUCUGGAAACAAGACUUAAGAUUUUCGCCACAAAACGAAAUGACCCUACACAAGAUGCAUUAAGCAAUUUAUCACCUUGGUUUCAUUUUGGUCAUAUAUCACACCAAAGAGUUAUACUGUGUGUUCAGAAAUACAAAUCGAAGUACACAAAAAAUGUUGACGCUUACUUUGAUGCAGCUAUUGUACGUAGGGGACUAGCGGAAAACUUCUGUUUUUAUAAUGAAUAUUAUGACAGUUUGAAAGGUGCCUAUAAUUGGGCUCAAAAGAGUUUAAUUGAACAUAGAGAUGAUGAACGAACACACAAUUACACUUUAGAACAGUUGUCUGCUGCGAAAACCCAUGAAGAUCUAUGGAAUUCGGCUCAAAUACAGUUGGUCAAAGAGGGCAAAAUGCAUGGUUUUCUACGACUAUAUUGGGCAAAGAAGAUUUUAGAAUGGACAUCAAACCCGGAGGAUGCUUUGAAAUUUGCAAUACACUUAAAUGAUCGAUACAGUAUAGAUGGCAGAGACCCUAAUGGAUAUGCUGGUUGUAUGGUUGCAAUAUGUGGUCUUCUUGACAAAUGCUGCGUGGACCGACCAGUGUUUGGUAGAGUUAGGUACAUGAACUGUAAUGGUUGCAGACGUAAGUUUGAUGUUGAUGCCUUUGUUCAACGUUAUACAGAAAUAAAAUAACAGGUGCUAUUUUUAAGGAAAGUUUUAUUUUUAUAGAAAUGUACAAUUAUAUACACAUAUCUUGAUGUAAAAAUCUUAAUAUAGAAAUAAAUUUUAAAGAGAGAGAAGUGAUUUUAAUAUAAACGAUAUCUAUCUGUUAUCAAAUGUAAUGUCUAUUGCCAUGACCACAAAAUGUUACACCAACAUUUAACCUUCAACCAUACAAGUUUCAUUUAUUUGCCCAUGAACUGGUAAAAUAAUUCUAAAAUUCGACAUUGAUUGCCAUUU